UUGUCAUUGCCUUGAUCGCUCACACGAUUCAAUGAGAAGAUCUGAUUGAAGAGGAUGCAUACUUUUUCCCCGUGCUAGCCAUCGUAGUGUCUGUCUUCCCGUUGGUCUUGAUGCCGCUAGAUUCGCAGUCUCCCAGUACAACUGUAGAUUCAGUUUUUCCACAACCCAGAGUUCGUCACGUCUGAGAAAUCUAUGACAUUUUGCUUUCCCAUCGCGCCAUCUUUGCUGAGAACUUGAUUUCAGUGCAAGAGAAUUCAUGCCCAGCACGUUCAUGUGACACUACGAAGGGAAGAUCAGUUUUCUUCGGGAGAGCCGGGCUUUCGGAUUGAAGAGAGGGCCUCCUGUACGCGUUGAAGGAGAGAGCAGGAGAGAAAGGAAGGGGCAGGUGCGUCCAUCGUCUGUCACGCUGCUGCACUUGCGACACGACUUGUGGAAUGGACUCCGCACACGAGGAACCGGAGCUUCCCUCCGCCAUCCAGGACCUUCUACAGCGUCUGGAAGGACAAGGCGAGCCGUUGAAGGUAUUGUUCCUGAGAGGCGCGGGGAAGUGGGGAGGGCGCUUGUUGCUGAAAGCAUUGGCCGGAGACGAUCGCAACCGAUCCAUUGAACGUCUUCACCUAGAUUCUAUAAAGGGACUCGGAGACUGUUUAAGGAAAAUUCUUAUUUCCAACCCAUCAUUGAAGAAAGUGGACUUGGACGGGGUGUCGAUGAGUCCUGAGGAAUGGCACCAGCUCGGCGAAGUCAUACGUGACAAUGCUAUAGCGACAACUAUACUUGUUCGGUUUCGAUCGGGGAAUAAUGACUGGAAGUCAAUAGAAGCUCUUGCUCUUUCUGCUAGCUCCGAUGUCAACGACCCCAUACUGGAGCUUGUGAUCGAUACUAGGAGGGAGAGGGAAGAUGACCUGAUGUUAUCAUUAAACCUACUAGGUAGGGUACUGCGCAGGGAAAUCAAAUCGGUAAAAUCUCUGGAUUUAACGCCAAGUUCUCACGGAAGUAUCAGUUUCAGUAUCCUCCCGAUGAAUGGGAAAACUGGAGAAACCUCAGUCCCGAAGAGACUGGAAAUAUCUGUUCGAAGUAAAGAUCUUUCGAAGGGAGUAUGGGAGGAGCUGCUUCGGUGCAUGCGAGAGAACCACCUCACUCACUUGGAUUUGUCUGACUCCGAACUCGACGAGGAGGCGUUCAGGGACGUGAUGGGAGUACUGGAGAGCCAAGUGAACUUGGGUCUCCAGGAAAUCGACGUCUCACGAACAUCGUGGGCAAGGGACGGAAAGACGGCGCAGAUUCAACAGGCCCUGCAGCAUAACAAGGAGCGGGCCGGCUACAUGUCCGUGUUCCGAGAAGCCAACUUAACAUUCGGAGAUGCAAAAGCUGGCCGACUCUUCUUAUGCGGCUCUCCUCGAGCAGGCAAGACUCAAUUGCGUAAAACCUUGAUGAGGAUAAAUCAAGGCAAAAGCUGGCUAGGCAAUAAAUUGGAGUCAUUGUUUAGAACCAAAGGCAUUGAGGUGGAGUUUUUGGUAAACAAUGACAAUAUGCAAAUCUCAGUUUGGGAUCUUGCAGGACAAUGGAUUUUCCGUACCCUUCAAACUGUACUCUUCCCUCAAACCUACAAUUUUUGUGUUUUUCUUUUUGUGUAUAGCCCUUUAUGUGAAGAAACAUCUUCAAUCAAACCAGAAUCUUGUUUUAGAACUGAGUUGGAAGAGUGGUUGAGUUUUAUCACAUCUAGCACCAAGGUCACGGGGCGUGAUCUUCCCCAAAUUAUUGUUGUGAUUUCUCACAAGGAUAAAGCCAAAUCUAGCUCUUUGAGUUGGGCUCACACCAUAGUGGAAGAAUUGACUAAAAGAUUCACAAAAUUUGUGGAUCUUCGCCCUAUUCAAGAGUGUUUCUAUGUGGAUGCUCGGAAGAAGAAGCAAGUUAGCUCUCUUAACAGACACAUUUUUGAAAAUUUCCACAAGUUGUUGAGAGAGAAAUCUCCACAUGUUCCCGAUUUGUGUUUACAACUCACCUCUCUCUUGGUUACAGAAACCAAGAAGAACGAAAGUUUUCCUUUGUGGCCAACCAAAAAGUUUUAUGAUUUCUGUGCUCCACACUUAACAAGCUUUGUUCCAUCAUCUUCUAUUCAUUCUGAUAAUCAUUCCAGGAUAAUAAAAUCUAUUAUAUCCUAUAUGAAUGAUGUUGGAUCCAUCAUUCACAUCCCCGACCUUGAUUACAUCAUUGUCAAUCCCAACUGGCUCACCAAUACCUUUUUAGGUGAGUUGAUAGCUCUGGGUCAACACUUUCAAGCUCAAGAGUCUGAGUCUUCUAAUAGAACAAGCUCAUACGCAAGCAAGAGCGGAUUUGUGAGCGAGAUUGUUUUUGCUAGACUGAUAGAGAAGUUUCUAGGAAAGCAAUCACGCUUUCAAAAUGUGGACAGAGAAGUGCUUGAAAACAUCCUUAUCAAUUUAGAUUUGUGUUUCAAGCUGGAAAACACUUCUGAGUAUUUCAUUCCUUCUUUCAUUCCUGAGCAUGCAAGCAAGGAGAAACAGAAUGAUCUAGAAGGGGCGCAUGUGAUGAAGUGGGAAAAUAGCAGUGAGAUUUCGCAAUUCGUCGGCAUUCGGAUUGAAUGCCAAGAUCGGAUAACAAUGUCACUGACAGCUGCUUUUUUUCCACGCUUCCAGAUGUUCAUGAGACGAAAGUUGAUAUCCGAGGAGAUGGGUGUUUCCGAGAAUGUUAUCUGCUCUCGACAUUUUGUGCUACUUUUCCUUGAUGGGCAUCAGAUAUAUAUCGAGCACGUUCAAGGUGAAAAGUGCCUAAAAUACGUAGAUGUUCUGAUGUUGUGCUCGAGUCAGAAGUCAAGGGAGGCGGCUAUUACAUAUGUGAGGAAGCAUAUUGUCCAAGAGUUGAUAUCAUUUUGCGCAUCACCGAAAGGUUGUCCUGGGGUGGCGUUAGUGCUCGGUGUGAUUCAAACUUCUUGCGUGAAGAUGUUGAUUCCAAGUCAUCUCAGAGGAGCCAUUCUGAUCGAGAAGCUGAAAUCAGACUUCAUUCGUAGCAUCAAUGACAAACUUGAGGAAAUGCCAUCGGAAAGGUCGCACUUGAUGCAGAAGGAAGAGUUGUUCCACUAUGAGCACUGUUGGCCUGCGAUUGGAAGGGACACCGGCCGAAGAUCUGAACUAGCAAGGGAUUUGUUAUGGCAGAGCGAUGUGGAAGCAGUUGUGAAUGAGAUUCACCAGAAUCGAAUUCAACAAUUAAAGUCAUUGGAGGAAGGUAUAAUUAGCGUGGAUAAUGGUUUGGCUUUAUGUUAUCCUGAAGCUGAAAACAUGGUUAGCGGCUCCGAUGCCCCCCAAAUGAAAGACCUCAAACCACUCUCAUCCAGGUGCUUGAGUCGAUCCAACACAAGUGUGGAGAAUCGUUCGACUCAACUUGUUUUGUUCAAGAUUCAGAAGCUAGAAGAAAAGAUGGAACAAAAGUUUGAUAGUUUGGAUGAGAGGUUGAGAUCAAUGCAGAGCUCAAUGGAACAGAUACUCUCUAUGCAACAAGAAGUGCAGUCAAAGUUGAGUGUCUUCAUGUCUAAGGUGGACAUGAUCAUUGGUUAUUCGCAAGUGUUUCAGCAGGGGAAAACGCCCAAACGACCUUACGUUACGGACGAUGUGGGAUAUUUAUAUAGGUUGAGUGCAGGUCUGCAUGUGGGGACAAUUGUUCGAUUACACUUGAUGUGUGAGUCAAUGACUGGGUUUCACACUGUCGAAGAUCAAGAAGGGUUGAAGAUACGAUUGGAUUCCGAGAAGUGGGGGUGGAUUCGGAAAACUAUUGAAAUUUCAUACAAAGUCAUAUAUUAUGCUGCAAAGGCUGCACUGACUAAGUUCUGCGAGUUGGGCGAUGCGAUUCCGGCCUGGGCAGAUUUGGAAUCAGAUAUUGUUAAACUAGAUGUUAGUAGUGAAGAUCGCAAGGCAGUUCUAACAGGUGGGGAUAGCCAAGAGCUGCAAGAAGCAUGGUUGAGGAUUAAGCAAAUUCUUGCGCCUGAGCUUCAAAAUCGCUAUUCCAAAAUCUUCAAGUUGUAUCAGGUGAAGUACGUGAGUUUAGAAAAAGGUGGGCAUGCAUGGGUAUGCGAGAAGUGCAUGAAUAAAGGCCUUCGUAGUGGAAGUUUGACAGUGGAAGUUUGACAUAUUAGGAUUUAGAAGAGGUUAGAAUGCCACUAUGCAAUUGGCAAGCAUAUGUUUAGACCCUCAUGCAAUAUACAACUCUGCAAAUUCUUCUUUGCAGCUUUCACAAGGA